UUUUUUUUUGAUAUCUUUUUAACAAGAUUGUGAGAUCGCAGACGCUGUGGCCGUUCUAUGCGUUUAAUUAAUUGCUAACCUAUAUUUACUGGUUAAAAUUAAUAAAUUGAUUCGGCUAUAAAAUGGAAAUAAUUAAUUCAAAUUCCGCAACUUUAUCUAAUUAUGAAGUGUUUGUCCAUGUGCAAAAAAUUAAGGCCGCCAAACGAAAACACCAGGGACAACUUGCAACAAUAACAUAUGAAACCUUAAGAUAUUUGGAGGAUACACCAUGUAAACAUCAAAAUGCAAAAAAUGUAUUGGACUGCCUUAAAGCAUUAGAUCCUUUUAAUUUGAAUAAGUCAGAGAAGUUAAUGCUUAUAAACACACCUCCAACCACACCAUUGGAAAUUCAAUUGAUGAUAGAGGAAAGUGAAGAAAGGUUAACAGAAGAGCAAGUUUCAAAAAUUUUAGAAAUAAUUACGGAACACUUUCCCUUUGUAGCAAAACAAAUAAAGGUAGAAGAAGAGCAACUGGAAUAAACAAAUUUUAAUUGCUACAAAUAAAAGAACAGUUAUUAUAAUUUACAAUAAUAAUAAAUUAUUUAUCUUU